UGGCUUUGCCACAGCUGACCACCCUGGUCAGGAGACAGAGACUAAGAAGGCCAUGGAUCGACGAGCCAGUGGAGCACAGAGCAUCCCUACCGACAGUCCCACCAAUGGCGAGGACGUCCAUGCUGGAGAGGAAGGUUUUACUGUGGAUGAUGAGGAUUCUGAUGGAGAGGUGAAUACCUGGGAGCUGUCAGAAGGGACAGACUGUCCAUCCAAGGAACAGACUGGCGAUCUUUUUCAUGAGGACUGGGACUUGGAGUUGAAAGCAGACCAAGGGAAUCCAUACGAUGCUGACGAUAUCCAGGAGAGCAUUUCUCAAGAGAUCAGACCCUGGGUGUGCUGUGCCGCACAAGGAGACAUGAUCUAUGACCCCAGUUGGCACCAUCCUCCUCCACUGAUACCCCAUUAUUCCAAGAUGGUUUUUGAAACGGGACAGUUUGAUGACGCUGAAGAUUGAGUGUGGUGCUUUCAGCCUCUGGGUGGGUGGCCCCUCCAGGCCAAGGUCUCUUUUCCUGUCUUUGAGGUGAGAUGUCAUACCUGAGAACGUGUUCCCAGGGAUCCCUGAGUCUGGGGUACACAGACUGAUGUUUGAUAUGGCCCUGCUGUACUCCCAGUUCUGUCCUUUGUUGUUUUUAAUGGGUUCCUCCUUGGAACAUGUGAGUGUUCUUGUCUGUGUCAAGAGGAGUUGUGUUCUUUAUAAAUAAAGGUAGAAAAAUAAAUCA